AUGUCAGGUUUAUACCUGUUCAAGGCCGCCCACGCUCCGCAAAUUGCCUGCCUCCUCCGCCUCAGUCCACGGAAAGCUGAUAGCGAGCGCACGUACGACAUCAGUCCGUCCUCCGACAUCAACAGAACUCUUACCGACACGUGGCACAGUGAACAGUCUUCAACGCUGUCACUAUUGCCCACGUACACACCGAAAAUAAGACAUUGGAAACCGAGACUUCCAACGAAAUUGCAUAAAGAGAACAUAAAGCGUCCAAUAAACAUGGGUCUGCUACCUGUAACAACCGCUACUUUGCUGCUACAGGCAGCGGAGCUGUUUGUGGCCUCAGGGCUGCUAACUGUAUGGACCUGGACGACCUACAACCUGGCGUACGGCGCAAGCGCGAAACGUGACCAACGGAGAUGGGAGCAAGUCAAAACGGCUAUAAGCUCUUUCACAGCCGGUAGGCUAUUAGAGGGCACACUCAUGAUACUACUUGUUAUUUGCCUCGGUGUGGCAGGGUUCUACACAACCAUAGUGCUUGCCGGCCUUGAUAUAACACGUGACUUCUCUUUUCAGAAAGAAUUCACAUUGACUGGUCAGCUUGGACCUUAUGACUUCCUGUCAUCAGACUUGAACAGCUCACUGUGGAGCCUUACUUCCGAGGGACUGGCUAGAGAGGACUUCAGGGUGUCACUAGCUGGCCUAGGAGCAUGGAACCUGGGAGAUCUGCCAGCCACGCGGGUGCCUUUAAACGGCUAUGUACUGGUGAAUGACUCUGCGGGCACGACAUGGACAGCAGAUGGUCACCUGGUGGGAGACUGCAACGAGGUGCGAGGCAUUACAUACCGCCAAGUGGGUGAUUGGGACAUAGUGACAGGGACGAACUGUUCUGAACCCCCGGAUCCUAGGGCGCGCACAUCGGUAACCGGAGGGUGGUUCGCAACGAAAGACAUGGGCAACGUUUACUACAGUAGAGACCUGUUCCCUGAUGUGACCACUCCCUUGGCCGAAUUGAAGCAAGACGCAAUGUAUGAGUACAGAAGUGUAUUGGUGUCGGAGCAGCCAAUCAACGAAAUAAUGGAGCACAGAAUGACACUGUUAUACGCCACAGAGGUUGGCGAGGGGGCGGUGGAACAAACGUCCUUCAGGGAAGAAGCUGCACAAGCCCUAUUGGAAGCCCGCCCUGGAGACCUGUUGGUGCGCAGGUCGGCCAAUGUAACAGACGGUACAGUGUUAGAAGAAGCUUUAGUGCUGCUCUUGGGGCGAGAGGAUACCCCGACCAUCACCGGCUGGAACAUGACACGAUCCGCAGCUCAUUACAAGUCCGACACUGCACGUAAUAGAUUCGCAGAGCUUAAAUGGUUCAGUGCGGGCAGAGUCAAAGGGGGCGAUACAACAGGAAUGGUAACCGGUACACAACCUGAUAUUGACGCCGACAGGAGAGCAAUGUUGAGGUUACUCCUGGAGGUGCAGCGGACGGGAGUAGUAAUUGCCAGCAAGGCCCGCCUCGGAUACACGGAAUCAGCAAUCUGGAUCGCUUUUGCUAUACCGUUACUGCUGUUUCUGAUAUCAGCAGCGUGGGCAGCAAGCAUGCCCGCCUUCGUCACGAAUUCAAUCACGGAGAACUUGUUUGUAUGCAACAACCCGGAAUACGACGACUGUGCUUCGAAUAAAAAAGAGAAAGGUUGGCUGUCUGCCGAGAGGUGGGCAAGCAGCGAUAUAUCUGCUUCUAGAGAUGCUAGCCACGUUAUGAUAAGGAUAGGGAACAAAACGCUGGUCCCCCAGGUCGUGGAAAGUCGUUUCUGCGAUGCUGGAGCUGAAACGCCAUUAUCGCGCAUGUCCUCAGCGAAAGCGUAUUGUCGCAGCGUCAUUGACAGGCAGGAGGCAGUAGUCCGCGCCGGAAUGACGUUGAACUAG